AUGCAGAAGCUUCUCAUCCUGUACGGCACGCAGACCGGCAACAGCCGCGGCGUCGCCAAGGAGCUCGGCGCCGAGGCGGCGGCGCACGGCUUUGAGGCGCGCGUGCUGGGCAUGGAGAAGUGGAAGGAGCUCGACUUUGAGCAGGACAAGACGCCGCUCGUGCUCGUCAGCUCGUCCACGGGCAACGGCGACGCGCCAGACAACGCCGACAAGUUUUACCGCUUUGCCAAGAAGCGGAGCACGCCGCCCGUCUUCAAGGGCGUCCCGUUUGCGGUGUGCGCGCUCGGCGACUCAAACUACGAGCAGUUC